UCAAACCUGCCCAAUACGCAAUCUAUGAAUAAACUGCAAGACCACUUUUUUUUACCCUUUACUAAAUUUUUAAUUAAUUAAGAACCUAAUUUGCCGGCGAUAUGAUAUUUAUUAUACAAGGGCAUUCCCGUAUAUUCACAUCUACAUCAUCAAUAUUGAACUACUAUAUAAGCAACUUCAGUACAAACCAAAUUUCAAACAUUCAUCUAAGUUCAGUUUAUAAAAGCGAUAAGUAGCGAAAGAGAAAAAGAUGCAGCAUGGAGCCACCGCGACGACGACUGAGCACGGCGGAGCCGCCGGAUUUUCCGCCUUGCACCCGGACAUCAUAAAGUCCCACGUUCUCACCAGGCUGGACGGGCCAGCUCUCGGCUCCGCCGCCUGCUGCUCCGCCACACUCCGCCACAUCUCCGACGACGGCAAACUCUGGUCCGACAUAUGCCACUCCACGUGGCCGUCAACGGCCAGCUCGCCGCGUCUCAGCCACCUGAUCUCCAAUUUCCCCGACGGCGGCGCUCGCGCCUUCUUCUCGCACGCCUUCCCCGUCGUCGCGGCCGACGGCGGUUCCGUCCGUCCGCCGUCAAAUCCGCCGGCGGAAUUGAUCUCCGCCGUCGACAUCUUCUACAAGGGAAAGCUGAUAUUCUCGAAGGUUCAGGAGACGGAGACCGUUACCGGUUGGUUCCGGUGCUCGCCGUUCAGGAUCGACCUGCUGGACCCCAAGGACGUGGUCCCCACGCGCGUCAAGCACCCGGAGGGCGACGGCGCGUGCGCGGAGAUGAUCGACGACAUGGUCCUGAGCUGGAUUCUGAUCGACCCGACCGGACGGCGGCGGGCGGUGAACCUCUCGUCCCACAAGCCAGUGGCGGUGCAGCGCCACUGGCUGUCGGGGGAAGUGCAGGUGCGGUACGCUUCCAUCCUGGCGGCGGAUCAGGGUCACGUGCAGUGCGGGAUAGUGGUCACGUGCGCCGCCUCGGAGGGCGGGGAGAUGCAGGUGGGGGAAGUCAGCGUAGAAAUGGAGGACAUGGAUGGAAAUCAUUUGACCGGGAAGGACAGUUUGGUCUUUUUGCAUGGGGCGCUGGAGGGCAAAAAGGGAACCGGGAAGAACCGGGUUGACGAGGGUCAACGGCGGUACUGUAAGUACAUGGAAAUGAAGAGAGAGAGAAGAGAGAGAAAGUUGAGGGUAGAAUCGGCAUUGGAUAUGUUCUCUGUGGCUUUUGGGAUAUCUCUUUUUGUCGGUUUCUGCUGUUUUCUUCUGUGCAGAUAAAGAUGAGCAUAAGAAAUCAAAGGGGCAUAAUAGGAAAUUAAUUAAAGAAUGUAAAUAGUAAUACACAUUGAUAUUGACUAUUAAAUAAUAGGAUAUAUUGUUUGAGAGAAUUCUAUUUU